AAGUAGUUGGAGUAAUCCAAGGGAUAAAAUAAUCCCCGGCCGCGAGGGAAGUUACCUCGAACGCAGCAUCGCGAUUUAUUUCAACCCUUUCGUGGCCCAGGCAAUGCACCGGUAUCCUAAACCCCCGGCGACGAGAUAAGAAGAAUCGCGGGAAGGAAAAUCGAGACGAGGGAGCGAGGGGCACCUAGCCCUUUGGCGAGCUCGAAGGAUGCAGCUCCCAGGCGGGAGCACUAGAAUUCCGCCCGCGAGAGCACCGGCCUCAGUUCUCGUGAUUAUAAACGGAAGCAACAUCGUGUCGAAGACUGUGACUGUGAAGAAACGUGACGGAGAGUGUAGCGAAAACGGCGGACCCGGAACGAGCAGCGAUAGAUACAUAAAGAGUAAAAACGAUAGGAAUAACGAUCCAGAGGACGUGCCGCUGCUCCUGAUAAGAAAUCGCCAUCCCGAGACGAGGACGACAAGCCAUCGACAAGUCACCCGAGUCACCGAGAAGCCCCAGCUGUUGGCGUCAGGAUCCCCAAGGCGGAAGGAUCGGGGCGAGGAAUAGUAAAAAGAAAAUAGUAGAGCGAGAUCGAGGAACGACGGAAGAAGAGGAAGAGGAGGCAGGAGAGAAGGAGAAAAAGGUGAAGAGGAGGAGAAGGCUAGAGUUCUUUGGGAAGGAGAAGGGUGCCGACGUCGUCGUCGUCGGCGGCGGCGGCGGAGGAGGCGGAGGAGAAGGAGGAGGAGGAGGAGGAAG